UUUAGGGAAAGACAUAACCACCCUGUCAAUCACAAUUAAGGAACCAUGGGAGUAAACUGCUAGGGAAGCUCUGCGAAACCACUGUGUUUACGCUCAAGAUUAUUUUAAUUUACGCACUGAUGACCAUUAUGCACCGAUAUAUUAAGGGACAUUUGUACCCGACCUCGCCAACUGGAAAUCGAUUCACUUUGACGGGAAUUAGCAUGGGACGUUACAUUUAACAACAAAAAAACUUAGCGACUUUCAGUUGCCUAUUCUUAACCCCUUCUUCGCUCCAGUUUAAACAAAACACGUAAGUUACAGUUUAUAUUUGUAGAAAAGACGGUUCAGUGGCUUACACUCACUCCAAGCGUGGCUUUUACUGGUUGAUUUGAAUACAACUAGUGGAAAUCUGUUCUGCUCAUUUCUCAGAGCUGGUUUGUCGGUACACGAAGACGCUCCUAAACAAUCGAAGCUAAAAGGCAAACGCCGCUCGGACUCCAGGGACUGCCAGCCAGGAGCAGAGAUGAGUGGGGGAGAGGUGGUGUGCGCGGGGUGGCUGAGAAAGUCUCCUCCUGAAAAAAAGUUGAGACGUUACGCAUGGAAGAAGCGGUGGUUUGUUCUUCGCAGUGGCCGUCUGACAGGCGACCCAGACGUGUUGGAGUACUACAAGAAUGACCAUACCAAGAAGCCCAUUCGUGUGAUUGAUCUCAACUUGUGUGAGCAGGUGGACGCUGGGCUGGCAUUCAACAAGAAAGAAUUGGAGCACAGCUUCAUAUUCGACAUCAAGACUAUCGACCGUGUCUUCUACCUGGUGGCUGACACUGAAGACGAGAUGAAUAAGUGGGUUCGCCACAUCUGCGAUAUCUGUGGUUUUAAUCCCACUGAUGAUGAUGCAGCAAAAGCCGCUCAUCAGUCAGCCACCGGGGGUCUUGUGGUAGAUACCCCCCCACACCCAGCUCUGGGCAAUAUUGUUGGUCCAGCAGCAUCGUUGCUGUCCAGUGUGCCACCUCCAUACCAGCCAGUUAGUGUGCGACACCUGGAUUCUCAGUCCAGCUCAGAGGAGCCCCAGGAUUACCUGUGGCUUGCCAACUGUGAGAGCAAAAAGCCUGAACCUAACAGCUCAGGGGAGUGUCAGUCUCCACUGGAGGGGGACCAGGAGUAUUUACUCCUUGAGGAGUGUGAGAGCAAGACUCUUCCUCCACAGAGUAGUUUAGCCCAUGCCGAAUGCUCGAAGUCUACCUCGUCAGAGACAGACCUGAACGACAACCUCCCGUCUCACCGCACGCCUACACCUUCCGCUUCCUCAGCAAAACACACUUCACACAAUGGCUUCUUCCCACAGCAUCCGAGUCCAGCUUCUGCUCCUUCUUUUUACGACUCCCCUCCUUCACGUGGUGCCUUACUCUCAAAUGAUGGUGGCCUCUAUCAACUCCCCCGCAGCUACUCCCAGGACACUGUGCUGCUCCCUAAGUCUGCCUCCUCCCCCCCGGCUCAUCCAGACAGCGGGGAUGCCUCUGACCUUUAUGUCUUCAACACACCUUCAAGGAAGCACUCAGUGGAGACACAGAUGCGCAAUUUUUCCAUCAGUUACGACAUCCCACCCACACCUGGUGCAAACUGUACUUACCAGGUGCCUCGCACAUUGUCAUCAUCAACAGGGGUUGGAGGCUCAGAGGGUGGGGGAGAUGUAGUGCCUCCUCCCAGGCCGCCCAAACCUUCACUGGGAUCCACCUCAGGGCUCCCACCCCCUCCUGCUGAGCGCUCACCUACGGACACCUAUUGUGUGCCUCGCUCAGCCUCAGAGACGGAUGGAAACUACUGUGUACCAACUAGUGCUGGGAGUAAAGCUUUACGCAGCAACACUAUCGGCACUGUUGACUGUUCCCGGCUCCGAAAAGAUUUUGGAUCCCAGGACUGCUAUGACAUUCCCAGAUCAUUCCCUUCAGACAAAAGCUGCUCAUUUGAUUUCAACGAAAGCUUCAACAGCUACUUUAAAAACAAAGGAAUGAUGCCAUUGGGUCAUUCUGCCGAGGAGGUCGACCAGAACUAUGUCCCUAUGAGUGUCAACUCCCCAUCACAUCAUCACUCAGGCAGUUUGACAGAGCCAGUGCAUGAGACAAACUAUGUUCCAAUGACCCCAAGCACUAUGGAGUUCUCCUCCCUGGGAAAACAGGUUCCCCCACCCGCCCACAUGGGAUUCCGCUCAAGUCCAAAAACCCCCCCUCGCAGACCAGUGUUAAGUGAUUGCCAACCACCACCUGUGGAUCGAAAUCUCAAGCCUGAUCGCAAAGGUCAGAGUCCUAAAAUAAUAAGAGCAAAAGGUGUCUGUUUAGAGCGAACGGACUCUCAAACCGUAGGUGAAUUCCCGAGGGGACGACGCAAGGGAAAACCUGCUCCACUGGAGAUCAAACCACUACACGAAUGGGAGGAGACCUGCACACCUGUCCGCUCACCUGUCACACGGUCCUUUGCCCGAGAUCUCUCUAGGUUUCCAAUGCCAACGAGACCCCCGUCAGUGCAUAGCACGGCCUCCAGCACUGACUCCGAGGAGUAUGAUGAGAAUUAUGUAGCCAUGGACUCUAAUAAAUCCACAGAUGAACCAAUCAUGAAACUUGCUGCGCCUGUGCCUAUGGACGGUGGUAGUAGCCCUAUGGUGAAACCGAAAGGAGACAAGCAGGUGGAGUACUUGGAUUUGGAUCUUGAAUCUGGCACAUCUACCCCACCUAGGAAGGUCAAAAACAACGGCACCGGUAUUACAUCCUCAGACGAGAGGGUGGACUAUGUGGUCGUGGACCAGCAACGCACACAGGCCCUUAAGAACACCAGGGAAGCAUGGAGCGAAGAUCGUCAAUCCACAGAGACUGAUACCCCCACCAAAGUACCCAAAUGAGCCCGUUGAAUGUUAACUAUCAACCCACCUCCCAAACCUCCAAACUGCCAGGCCUCUGAUACAAGUAUAGGCUCUGGUUUAUUCUUUAGGGAGGUCAUGUUCCACCCUAGUGAGUUCCUUAGUGUAUGGAUCAUCAUAGCCACUACUGACUUUAGUUUACACUGCUGUCAGGCCUUGGAGAGCACUGUGUGUGCAUCUUUAGAAAGUUCAUACAGGCCAGGAAUAAGCUUUGUGUGGUAGAAAUUAGGUGGAAAGACUGGACUUCAGUUUGGGAGGUUUGACUUAAGCAGACUCAUGAACUUGGAACCUUCACUGCCUCCUAUAUGAAUAAGAGGUCUUUUUGUUUUGUUUUUUUUUCCUUCCAUCUUUUUUAUUGCCAAUGGGCUGAUCCAGAGUUAACAUUUCCUUAAAUUGUAAUGCUGUUUUUAUUUUGGCGGCGGGGGGGGUGUAAAUAAAAUCACUUGAUAAUAAUUACAAUGUCAAUGCAACACUAUUGAAUAGCAUAGAAGGUUAACAGUGUUUAUUUUUCAGUUUCUGCUGUUAAAUCUGGACAAGGUUUCAGUAGAUGGCCGCAGGUUAGUUUUACAAUUUCUUCCUUAAGUCACGGCAGAUGGCGCAAGCUGACCCCGAUCUGUGUCCAACGCAGGUCUGCAAAUCAGGAGCCUAGUACGACCGAUUUUUCACAUAUGCUUUCAUUUUUUUCUUUUAAAACUACGGCAGUUAAACUUGUUUAUUUUAAACGUUAACAAGUGCUAAAUUUAAGCUUUUGAUUCACUAAAAGUUUAAUCCACUGAAUAUGUGAUUUCCAUGUGUUUUGGAAGUGGAAAAGCUUCAAUCUGUUGUCAUGGAAGUGCAAAGACUGUACAAAAGUGUUAUGUAUAUAAACAGGAGAAGUGUCCUUUUAUUUGUAUGAAAUAUCCACCAUGUUUGACUUUAAAAGGUAUAGAGAUUCUGCAGGGUAGAAUUCUGUACUCGUCUUAGAUGGUUUCAGGACUUGUGAUUAAUGAAUGAAUUACUGUGAGUUUUUAAGAGCGUGACAGGUUUUCUGUAAGUUAUGCAAAGUUAUCAAACAUAGGUUACAGUGAGAGAAAAUCAGGUACUCUUUUUAAAUGUGUACUAAUACAACUUUCCAUUUCUAAUUUAUUUUCUCAAGUAAUUUCAUCAGGCCAAUGUCAUAAUCAGUUUCAGCUCAAUAUUCUUGAUUUCAGUGGAGAAACAUUUGCCAGAGUUGUUGAAAUGCUUAGUGUGACAUAUGCUGGUAAAUUAGCUUCAUAAGUUAAUUUUUACGUUGUCUUUCUCCUAUCUCUCUCCUCUUAGGUUUAAUUUAUUUUAAACUGAACUGGCAUACAAUUUGGGAAAAUUGUCUGUCUCAUGUAGUCAACUUGAGGUAUUGUUUGUAGACAGUUUAAGUCUGUCUCCAAAGAUCUCUUCUUCACUAACCCAUCAUCUCUAUUUCAGAAAUCCCAAGCAUGUGCUACCAUAAAAGAAAUCCUAGCUGUACAUAUUUUGCUAUAAAAUGUAUUAACAUGUAUCGUUUAAAAGAUGUGCCUACUAAGUCAUCCUCAUUUGACUUCACUUUUUCCUUAUUGCAGUUUUGUGAUACAGGCUGCUGAGCUGAUGAUGCUUUAUCUUUUUUAACGAAUCUCAACAAAAAUGUAAAUUUGAAAAGUGGACUAAAUAAAAUCCAUCUCCUAUGCA